AUGGAUUUUCCUAAGGGUUCAGCUCCAAUGAAGAUCCCAGAGAUUCAUGACAAGCUAAAACAAUUGUGGAAUAUUAAACCUUGGUUUAUUUCUCCAUUAGGUAAAGGUUUCUUCUGCUUCAAGUUUUCUUGUGAGGAAGAUGUCAGCUAUGUUCGUUCUGCAGGAGCAUGUAAUAUCAAGCCUGGAAUUUUUCAUUUUCGUAAGUGGAUCCCAGAUUUUAAUCCAUAUAAGCAACAUCAAACCCUAGCUCAGGUUUGGGUUCGUAUUUAUGAUUUAGGUUAUGAAUACUGGAGAUCUAAAACUUUGUUUGAGAUCUCAAGUACUCUAGGUGAUCCUUUAUACAUUGAUAAAACUACAUUAACAAGAAGCUUUGGUUUAUAUGCGAGAGUUUUGGUAGAUAUUGAUCUAGCAAAGCCAUUACUUUACGAAGUUCCUACUAAUUCAGCAACUACAUGUGAUACUAAUGGUGUCAUUCCAUCUAGUACUCCCCCAGUAGUACCUGAGAUAAGUGCUAGCGUUGUUGAAGUUGCACAGUCUAGUGGUAAUGAGUCUCUCCCAGCCUCUCGAAAUAAUGUUGAUAAAUUUGUUGCAGAGGUGGGUGUUAUUAAUGGAACAGUCGAAGUUACUAUGCCAUGUAAUACUGAGACUCACUCAGGAAUGAAUGUGUUAAAUGGAUCUGGUGUUGAUACUUCACCUGAUAAUGAUGUUGAAAAUUCUGAAAUUCCCCUAUCUCACCAACAAGAAGAUAAUGUAGAUGAUGCUAUUAGCGUUGAUACUCUUGAAGAUGAGAAUGCUUUCCCUUUUGAAGCAGUUCUUACGAAAUCUCAGAAAAAACGGGCUCGUGAAAAAGCUAAGAAAGCUGCUAUGGAAGAAUCACAAUCUAAACAUUGGAAUAUGCAUCCAAGGAGUGGUUCAAAUUCUUCUCAAUGA